AUGUACAAGCAGGACCAUUUUCUGGAGAUAAACAAGAAAAACUGCUGUGUGUUCCGAGACGACUUCAUUGCCAAAGUACUGCCACCAGUGUUGGGGCUAGAAUUUGUGUUUGGGCUCCUGGGCAAUGGCCUGGCCCUGUGGAUUUUCUGUUUCCAUCUCAAGUCGUGGAAAUCCAGCCGGAUUUUCCUGUUCAACUUGGCCGUGGCUGACUUUCUCCUGAUCAUCUGUCUGCCAUUCCUGACGGACAACUAUGUGCAAAAGUGGGACUGGAGGUUUGGAGACAUCCCCUGCCGGCUGAUGCUAUUCAUGUUGGCCAUGAACCGCCAAGGCAGCAUCAUCUUCCUCACAGUGGUGGCUGUGGACAGGUACUUCCGGGUGGUCCAUCCCCAUCACUCUCUGAACAAGAUCUCCAACCGGAAGGCGACCAUCAUCUCUUGCCUCUUGUGGGGUGUCACCAUCGGUCUGACAGUUCACCUCUUAUACAGGAAGAUGCUGACUCGGAACGGCAAUGCCAACUUGUGCAGCAGCUUUAGCAUUUGUAACACCUUCAGGUGGCACGAUGCCAUGUUUCUGCUCGAGUUCUUCUUGCCCCUGAGUAUCAUCCUGUUCUGCUCGGCCAGAAUCAUCUGGAGCUUGCGACAGAGACAAAUGGACAGGCAGGUCAAGAUCAAGAGAGCCAUCAACUUCAUAAUGGUGGUGGCCAUUGUGUUCAUCAUCUGUUUCCUGCCCAGCGUGGCGGUGCGGAUACGCAUCUUCUGGCUGCUGUACACGUCUGGCACGCAGAACUGUGAAAUCUACCGCUCGGUUGACCUGGCCUUUUUUAUCACCCUCAGCUUCACCUACAUGAACAGCAUGCUGGACCCUGUGGUAUACUAUUUCUCCAGUCCCUCCUUCCCCAACUUCUUCUCCACAUUAAUCAACAGGUGCCUGAAGAUGAAGACAGCAGAAUCAGAUAACCGGAGCACAAGUAUGGAGCUCACAGGGGACCCCAAUACUACCCGAAGUGUUCCAGAUGCACUAAUGGCUGAACCCCAGUGAGCCAUGGAGUCCCUCUUAUCUGGCUCCAACUUCUCCUUAAACAACUGUACAAAGAA